GGACUUCUGCGUGCAGGCCCUCCCCGGACUCCCACCCAGUGGGAGAGAGCAAGGGGCUGGACGGUGUGAUGGAGCUGCUGCUGGACCACCUUGGGAUGGGCAGGUGGUCCUUGCUACACAUCAGCGCUGGCAUGCUUGGACAAGCCCUCGGCUCGAUGCAAGCCCUAUCUGGGGCGUUCAUGGCACCUAUGCUGAACUACACUUGCAGGCUGCCGACCCUCGCCAGCCCACUCCACAACAUGUCCGUCCCUCCAGAAACCUUCCACCGCAUUCCCGGAGAUGAGUGUUCCUUCAUAGUGAAUGGAUUGCAUGGGGAGGAGCAGCGGCCUUGCACCGAGUGGGAUUUUGACAACAGCAGCUUCGCCUCCACCAUCACUUCAGAGUUCUUGCUGGUGUGUGGGCGAACCUAUUUGGCCCCCCUCCACCAAUCACUCUACAUGAUUGGCAGUAGCAUUGGCGCCAUCUUCGGCGGCAUCCUGUCAGACAAGUUUGGGCGACGGCUGAUCAUAAUCCUCGGCCUUACAUUGUUCCUGAUGAUUGCUGCCUGUUCCAGUUGGCUGCCAAACCUUUCUCUUAUCUUCAUUGCUCGGUUUUGUAUUGGCUUCAUCUACGUGACGUACAUACAGAGUGUAUAUGUCAUAGUGAUGGAGACAGUACCAUCAUGGAUGAGGGCCACAAUGGGCAUCUUGGUGGCAGUGGGAUGGGCAUUGUUCACCAUAGUUUUUGGAGGUCUUGGUUAUAUGUUGCGGGAGUGGAGAGAACUGCAGAUGGUGUCGUCACUCCCUUUCCUUCUUGUCGUCCCAUUGUUACUGCUUUUGGAUGAGUCCCCACAUUGGCUGAUGGUGCAAGGAAAGGAAGAGGCAGUCCUUAAGGUGGUGACUCGAGCAGCAGCCCUGCAUAAAGUUGAUCUUCCUUCUGAUUCUGUUGAUAAAUUAAUGAAGGAAAUAAAUAGCAUGAAAAAAAAUAAGACCAAAGAAAACCAGACUCAAGUAUGGCAACAGCUGAAGAACAAAGUAUUACGUAUGUUGGUGCUUUUCAGAACCCCACAGCUGAGAUGUCGCACUCUGGUGAUGUGUUUUGAUUUCUUCACGGCAUCAGUAGUAUUCUUCAGCCUUUGCUUAGGAGCUGUUAACUUGAGUGCUGAUCCAUAUAUUUACAUGGCUUUGAGUGGACUAGUUGAGAUCCCAUCCUACUUUUUGAUGGGACCACUAGUGGCACGUAUGGGAAGGAAGGGACCCGCCAUUGGCAGCUUUCUCUUCGCAGGGAUUACCAUUUUAGUUCUUCCUGCCAUUCCUUCUGGCCUGUGGCAGGUGAACAUGGCGAUGGCUUUGCUGAGUAAGAUGGCCAUCAGUGGUGUGCUCAUCGAACUCUUUCUUUACUCCUCAGAGAUCUUCCCUACAGAAAUACGCAUCCAAGGUCUUGGCACUGGAAUGUUUCUUUCUCGUGUGGGGAGCAUAAUAAGCCCGUUCUUCAAUGAUCUUCUAGUGCCUCUGUUCCCAAUGGCAAUGCCACUAGGGGUUGGAGGGAUGUGCAUCAUAGCCGGCCUUUUAACACUCCUGCUUCCAGAAACCAAAGGAGCAAAGCUGCCAGAUCUGAUUGAAGAGGUGGAAGGUAAAUGAUGCACAAAAUAUUGUUGGUGCUUCUGUAUAAGCAAACUGUAAGAGAAAUCUCUCACAGGACCCACCAGGCCCAAAGUCUGGCAUCACAGCACAGAGCAAAAAUGGGAGAGUAAUAAUGGUUGUCUGAAAAGGAACAAUUAGCAUAAUUAGCAGUUCAAUGCAAUACUAACACAGAGCCUUGAUCUCUACACAGUACAUCAUAUAAUCUCAGAAGUCGAAAUACUUAGGAUAAUUUAAUAAGAUAUGCAUAAUGGGAUGGGGUCCAGGGCAGAAAAAUAUUCCUAAUAUAGUACUCUUGCUUUUUUCACUCUGCUUCUCUUGAAGUGUAAUUUUUUGGGCAUAAAGAACAUUUUUUUCAUACCUAUACAUCCUUUUUAGGUCAGCUUAUAUGCUUUCCAGCUGCCUUAACUACUUUUUAACUUUACAGAACUGCAGAGCUCAAGUAAAAAUAUUUGGCACAGUGUUGAAAGUACCAAGACAUUAUGGUGAAUUUUGUUUAUUGUAUUUUCAGGAGAAAUAUGUGAGACAUAAAUUUACAAUACCUACAUGACAGGGUAGUCUUGAUGUUCCUGCCUGGUCUGUUGGAAACAUGCAGGUAUACACCUAGGCUAGUUCAGUGUCUCCUACUGCAUGUAAGCCUGUUUGAAUUCAUUCAGGUAGUCAACCUGAUUUCAUGUGAAUCUGGCAUCUGCUGAUCAAAACCACACAUAUAGAAUAAUUGAUCAACUUCUUUAGGAUUCAGUAUAGUUUCUUUAGCAUUUAUAUAUUGUUCAUCUCCAGAACAAUCAGAUAUCUGGGCCAUUUUUGCUUCUGGUUCUGACUACUAGUAGAGGCCAUGGCAAUCAAAGCCAUGAAAUCCAGUCAUAACUGCAUUAAUUCAAGCAGCAUAUCCAGCAGAGUUAAGAAAUCUAGAACCAGCAUUCAUGGAUACCGAGUUCCAGAAGGGAGCACCAUGAUGCCACACAGGCUCUGCAACAUUGCCUUGAAAAUACAAAGAGUAAACAAAGCUACCAUAUCUGGGCAUUUUUACCUAUGCUGAAUUGUGCAAAUACUUUUUGAGCACUAUAGUGUGAUCAAAAUGUUUCAGGUGUAUGCAUUAAAAAAAAAAAAAAAAAAGGCCACAACAUUACACAAUACUUUAGUUUUGAGGCAUUAUUAAUAUUUUACUGGUAUUGUGAUAUUCAACUAAUCUUCAGACUCAGAGGAGGUAUUGUGUAAUGGUGGUGAUGGUGCUUGACAGUAAUGUCAGCUAUGCAGCCUCCUGCAUACAGAGGUGUUCAAGUUGUAAGUGAGAUACAUUCCAGCAAACAAUGUAAUGGUUACUUGACACUAAGAGAGAGAGAGAGAGAGAGAGAGAGAGAGAAAAUUACCUUAUGUGUGAUAUGAUACUACUGAGUAGUGACAGGCUUGAGUCUUCUGCCAAAUGCAAGACAAAUAUACCAGACGUACGAUGCCUCUCUCUCUCUCUCUCUCCUUUUCGGGUUAUACACACCUUUAUUCAUACAAUUGAAAUGACUUUUGGAAAGCAUAAGACAGAUUCGUUUGCCUAUUUGUGGACUUAGGAGUGGGUCCUGUAGGUGUAACUCCAAGUUAUAAGAUUCUCUUGCACAUAUUUUUUCCUUUUUCCCUCUCCUCGGGUUAUACACGCCUUUAUUCAUAUAAUUUAUUAAGAUGGCUGGCUGAAAGCAUAAGACAGGUAUGUUUACUCAUUCAUGGAUUUAAUGUAAUGGAGCAGGUUUUCUACACCAUGCUGCACUCCUACUUCUAUGCCUCUCAGAGGCCAACUGGCAGAGGUCUGUCUGUAUGCUGUGGAAUCUCAAGCCAGACUCACUGUGGUGCAGUAUGAUAAGUUUUUAAAUUAAAUUUGAAUUUUAAACUAGUGUCUUGAAAUAAACUGCAAUGGGCCUGUGUCCUGGGACAGUGGGCGGUCCUUCACUAUGCUGUGCUGUGUGGGUAGUGGCGAAGUGAUGUACUAGUUAUAUAUGGCACAUAGUAUCAAAUUUGAAAUUUUAGUUAGCAUAGGCAACAAUAUCAAUAGCACAUUUUCAUCUUGCGAGUAGACAGACUGCUUGUAUCUCUCAUCAUUCGUAACUCAUUACUGCAUAACUUGGACACCCUCUAUUUUCUUUGUAAUUUCUUGUGAUACACUUGUCAUAUAAUUCCUUUAAGCUCUUGCACCUCACUUUAGCUCCUAGUUUAGACACUGAAGGUUAUAUAGUAUCAAAAGAUAGACAGAGCAAGAAAACUAGCAAUCCUCAUACUCUAUUUUUAUUCAUACCAUGAGACAAGGUAUGUCAUGUCUUUAAUUAACCCUCUCAUGUGUUGGAUGCACAUGCAUGGAUAAAAUGUCUACAUGCGAAACUGCACUGACGCACAAAUAUUUAAAAAAAAAGCUAACUCAUUAAAAAUACAUUUUCUAGUGUAAGUGCAUCAGUUUUUGGUGAGCCAAAGAUGAUAAGUGCAUCAAUUUUAGGUGAGUCAGAGAUGAGCAUAAGCUUCACUAAAGUAAUGAAUUGGCAACACUGUUGCUUCCCAUAAUAGGCUGACUGUUAGAAAAUUUGUCAGUCUUCCCCCAUGACUCAGGCUGUCUGAUGGUAAUCUGAGAUGAAUGCUGAUUACAGUUUUCCUAUAUUUUCUUAAGAUCUAAUUAACAUAUCACCAUGCCAAUAAUACCGUUAUAAAGCUCAAAAAGAUGGUUUAAGUGGUGUAGUGCAGAGAAUAUUCACUGGGUAAGUUCAUAAAAAAUUGGUUUAGGUGAUGUGUAGUGCAGAGAAUGUUCACAGGAUAAGUUCUAAGGUAUGAAGUUGUGAACAUCUUUUUCUUGUUUUGUAUUUACAAUGAUCCCAUAAAUAUUAACUAAAAAGUAAUUUCACUGUCCACAGGAUAAGUUCUGAGCUAUGAAGUUGUGAACAUCUUUUCUUGUUUUGUAUUUAUGAUGAUCCCAUAAAUAUUAACUAAAAAACUAAUUUCAUUAUUUUUUCCUCAAAAAUAAAUACAAAAAAAAAGUUCACAACCUUGUGGCUCAUAACUUUUACCAUGAACAUUCUGUGCACUACACAUCACCUAAACCACCUUUUUAUAAGCUUUUUAAUGGUACUAUUGGCAUAGUGCAUGACAGCAUUAAGAGUCAAGCCAAGCCAUUAUAUUUUUGUCCUGAUCUCAUUCUUUCCAGAAGCUCACACCCACACCAAACACUCCCUCAUAGCUUGUUCCAGUGUAUAGUUUGUACUAGCAUUGUGCCUUGAUGAAAUAAGCAGAAUUAGUAUUAACACCCCCUUCCCCUCAAAAAAAAAAAAAAAAAAAAGGCAACUGAAAAUAAAUACAUAUAAAAAAAAACAGCCUGCACUAAAAAAAAAAAAAAAAGCCUAAGUGGGUUUUUUUUUUAAAUAUUUUACAUCUAAUUUUUGUUUUAUAUCAUAUUGAUAAAUAAGGUCUAUAUAUGUACAGAUGGCUCCCUACUUGAUGAAGCAGCUUUCCUAUCUGUAUUUCUAACAAAAGCAACACUUAAUUUUUUCAUGGCACCUGUCAUUGGCUAGAGCUGCCUUUGAUGUGAAUCUUGGGCCUGCCUUCUCCCCUUCCACAUCCAUGUUCCCUUCCCUCUCUCCAUUCACCAUGCUUCUCAUAUCUCCUUUAUAUAUAUAUAUAUAUAUAUAUAUAUAUAUAUAUAUAUAUAUAUAUAUAUAUAUAUAUAUAUAUAUAUAUAUAUAUAUAUACAUACAGAGAGAGAGAGAGAGAGAGAGAGAGAGAGAGAGAGAGAGAGAGAGAGAGAGAGAGAGAGAGUUCAGGGGUAGGGGUUAGAUCAAGGAAAUUGGGAGGCAGUAUGAGAAAUGUAGAAACAAGAGGGAGUGGGGAUAGGAAGGCAGACAUGGAGUGGGAUUGAGAAAGGUGUGGCUUAAUUGGCAUGUCAUGAGUUCUGGCCUAUGAUAUUUACUUAUUAAAAUCCCUUGAGUUGACUUGUGGCUUUAGCUAAAAAUAAGGGUAGGAAGGCUGUUUCAUCAAGUACAAAGCCAUCUGUAUGUAUACAUAUUAUAUGUAAAAGUAGUCAAGCCUGAAUAUAAGUUAGCACAGACUUUGUCCAACUGGACCAACCUGUAUCAACAUGACCUAAACAAGUGCCUGUCCUUCAGAUAACACUUUUAACCUUUUGUAUUGUUUUUUUAAUUGCAUAUUUAAACUGAUUUACAUAUAAAUGGGGAAUAAAAAAAAACAUUAAAACCCAUUAAUUUUUUACAUUUUUUAUUUAUUUAUUUAUUUUUAUUUUAUUUUUUGUGACCUGGGUUUUUCCCAACCCUGGAAAUAAGAGACCUAUUUUCCUCAGGGAAAAAAAAACAACUACUUGCUUAAAAAAAAAGUUCCAAUCUCAUAGCUGCCUUGAAAGAGCACAUAGGGACUGCUACAGUGCCAAUAUUCUUCCCUGUUGUAGAAUGUAUAGCAGUAAUGUAAAUAUAUGAAGUAUUAAUAAUAAAUGUUCACAAGGAAACUAUUGGUGUUGCAUAAUAACAGGAUAAAACAAAUCAGUCAAGGGAGUGCAGUCUGCCAUGGAGGUGCCAGUGCUACUGUGAGAGUCCGUCUGUUCAAUAUUUCCUUUCCACAGGUCAUUUCCGUAACCAGUAGUAAAUCUAUAAUAUAAAAAGACUUUGAAUUGAAAGGACCUCAGGUAAAGGAGUGCCAAUAGCUACAACUCACAGUGAUGAGUGCUUUGAUUACCUAAGCCUUUCACUGUCAUAUAUUUUUCCUGUAUUUAGACACAUUAUUGUUCUAGAAAAUACACUAAUUAAGUCCUGUAGCCUGAAAAUACAAUAAUAAUUCAUCUCUUAUUCUUCCUUUUCCCAAUUUGAUCAAGCAAACUGUAUUUUUCCACUACUCUGAAUGUUACUGAAGGAUAAUCAUAGCAGUAAAAGGGUUAACCUGCUUUGUGAUCUUUGUAUUCUCUUGUCUUCACAAUAUUCUCAGUCCACUCAACCUUGCCAUACCAACAGUUGCUUUUCAUAAUUUUCUUGUCCUAAAUAUGUAGCUUAAAUGAAGGAUACAUCUCUGACUAUGGUACAUAUUGUAAGGCAUUAAAUAUAGUGAUAUAAGGAGAAAAGUUGCAGUUACGUAGAAACAGGCCACAACAGACAUUGCAAUCCUCAUGAGGACUACUAAGGUGAUAGUAGAAGAAAAGGACAGCAAAGCAGAAGGCAAUCUUCCCACCCCCCCACUCCCUCAGGCAUAAGCGGUUGGAAAUAAAUACUUAACGGUUAGAGAAGGAAACCCCAAAAGAAAUUUUAUAGGAAAGAUUGAAAAAUAGAUUAAAUGAGGUGCCCCCAUUUCUUGGAGGCAAGGAAGUUAAUCUAACAAACAAAUGCUGUUAGCUGUGUUUUAGAGGCAAAAUAUUUAUCAAGACAGUAUUUAAAAGUCUCUAUGGUGGUGCAGUCUAUCAUGUCUCAAGGAAGCCCAUUCCAUAGAUUAACUACAAGAUGGAAAAAAUGUUUUUUUGAUUCACAAGAGUUGAAGGAUUUCCCAACAAUUUUGCAAUUGUUUCCUUGCAUGUAAUUUGAAAAAUCUAUUGUGAAAUAUUUACUGCAGUCUAUGUCAUCAGUGUCUCUGAUGAUUUUAAACACCUUUAUUAAGUCACCUCUUAGUCUUCUUUGUUAAUGAGAACAGAUUUGAUUCUUUAAGAUGCUCUUUAUAUGAUUUAUUUCUUAGGCUUGAACUCUAUGCUCUACUCUACCCUCUUUGCUGAACUUGUUCUAAUUUAUGUCUUUCUGGUAAUAGGGGCACCAUGCUUGAAUGCAAUAUUCCAAAAAGGGGUGGACUAGAGUUAUAAAAAGUGAGGAUUGUAUCCUUAGAUUUAUAUUCAUAAGAUCUGUGGAUCAAGCCAAUUAUUUUGUUUGCCUUCUUUACAACUUCUGAACAUUGUUGGCUAGAUUUUUUGGCUACUUGAUAUUGUUACUCCUAAAUCAAUUUUGCAGUCUACACCUUUAAGUUGGGUACCAUUCAAAAUAUACUUUGUUUUCUCUUUUCGAUACCCUAUGUGAAGUACUUUACACUUACCUGCUCUAAAACUCAUUUGCUGGGUUUGUCCCCCAACUCUAACAAUUUGUCAAGAUUAUUCUGCAUUUCUGUUACUUGUUCAUUAGAGACUACAGAAUUUGCUUUUUGUGUCAUCAGUAAACUUUCAUAUUAUACUGGUAACACCCUCAUCUGUAUCAUGUAUAUAAACAAGGAAGAGAACAGGUCCUAAGGUUGAUUCCUGCAGCACGCUACUGGUUAUGUUAGUCCACUUGGAUGCUUUUCCAUUUAUUACUAUUCUUUGUUUAUAGUUGUUUAGCCAAUUUUUUACCCAUCUCAACAUGUCACCUUGAACACUUUGUCAGAGGUCUUUUGAAAAUCAAGAUAUAUUAUAUCUACCACUUUACUUUCAUCAUACUGGUUCAGAAUAUUCUAGAAGUGUAAGAGGUUCAUCAAACAAGAGCAUUUGUUUUCUCUAAGGGCCAAUUUCACAGUUGCUUGGUAACAUUCCCAAGAAAGAGCCUUACCAACUUGGUAAUAGACAUUACCUACACGUCAAUGCAAUUUCACAGUCGUUUUCAUGGCUUUCAGUGAUCUCCAACCUGGUAAUGAUCUUAAGAAAAUGAAUAUAUCUGAUUCAUUAAUGCUGGUACACCGGAGCUCCCUUAUUAGACAAAAUAAGUCAAUUCAUGACAAAAGAACUGACCAUGCCAGCACUAAAAGAGAGAAAAGCAUGGAAAAUUGAAAUACAUCACUGGUGCCUUCAACACGCCAUAUCCAUCCACUACAAACAUGGUUACAUUUUGUGAUUUAAAUUCUUUCCUUUGAAUAUCUGCCUAACAUUUGCCAAACUCUGUGUAUGCCAACCAGGCACAUAAUAAAUAAUUUCUCUCUUCCUCAAUGCUGUACACAUACAUUGUUAGAUUGAAAUAUUUCAGGUUUCAUGGAAAUAGCCCUAGCCUACUAAUUUUGAGACUGAUUAUUCUCAGCAACAUAUUAUUUUACAUAUAUGUUGGAAGCCAAUGUAAGACACCCAAAGAAAUUUUAAAGCUUUAUCAGACAAGAGAGUGAUUACCUCAGUGCACCUUUUGCUGUGUUUGAUUAACCUCUUUGCUUUACACUGUAACUAUGAGUAUCUAUUACUGUAUGAUUUUAAUCUGUUAUGGGUGUCCCUCUUGGCAUGCAGGCAUUCAGCUAUCUGUAUGUUCCACCAUUUAGGCUUAACUUUUUGAGUGGGACAACAAUUUUUUCAUAGGCACAUUCUUGCACAACUUUUAAAUAUUUAUCAGUGCAAAAUUUCCAUUGUGCAUUAAUAUCGGUGGUGAUACAUAUGUAACUCCAAUUAAUUUGAUUAAGCACUGAUCUGUUUACAAAAAUUUGCUUUUCUGUAGUCAGGGACUUUGCUUUUAUUUGACUCAUCAGCCAAGAAGUUUAAAACAAAGGUGAUUGCACAGUGGUUGCUAUUACUGAACUCCUCACCAGCAUUCAGAUUUCCUAUUAGUUCAUCUUUUGUAGCAAGCAUGAGGUUGAGCACUUGAUUUUUGCAUGUCAAGUUUUGUACAAAUUGAGUAAGUGAACUUUCUCUAAAGUUAUUAUGCAGAUCAUGGCCAUGAUGCGAGAUGAGUGGUUUGCCCCACUUCGUCACCAGUAGAUUAAAGUCACCUAGGAUUACUGUGUCGUGUGUGUCACUUAUCUCACUAAUUUGUUCGUAAAUGUCGCAGUUGGUUUAGACUGGCUGGGUUGGAGGUCCAUAUUUAAGAGCUGUUAAAAGUUUCAUGCCAUAAGUAUUUUUUAAUAAUAUAAAUAUAGCAUCUAUGUUUACAACAAGGUGUUUUGAUAAUAGUACUGGGUUAAGACUGGUUUUGAUGUAAAAUAAGAUGACACUUCCAUUUUUCUGUACUCUACUUUUUUCAAAUGUUGUGUAACCGGGAAUUUUAUAUUUAGCCGAAUAGUCCCUAGCUUCUACAUUUAGCCAUGAUUCUAUUAUGCCAAUUAUACUGUAGUUUUCUGAGAACACUAAAAUAGAAUAGUAACUGUGAGAUUCAUUAGAUUAUAUGUAGCUGUGAUUAUCCUUGUGAUUCUUUUGUUUUUAGUUUGCUAUGCUGUAGCAGAAAACUACUUUUUAGUCAACUAUUUUAACAAGGAGCUCAAGCCAAAAAAGUUCAGUUUGUAAAGCUUAUGUUGCAAAUUGGCAAUAAAGUUAUCUAUCUA